AUGGGGAAACAUUGUUCAAUUGCACUUUUUACCAUUGCGUUAAUCGUCUCUUUGGCUCAAGCCGUACGCAUUGAGCUUAACAAUGAAUUGGAAGCGUCAACGCCGGGAUCAAAUUCAUCAAGGAGAGCCUUACACGCAUGUGAAGCAACUAACAUUAUAGACAGGUGCUGGAGGUGCAAAUGCGAUUGGGACCAGAACCGAGAAGCAUUAGCUGAUUGUGCACAAGGUUACGCUAAAGGAACCACUGGUGGCAAGGGUGGAGAAAUAUACAAGGUCACUUGUCCAUCCGAUGAUGAUGCUGCGAAUCCAAAGGAAGGGACGCUCCGGUUUGGUGUUACUCAAAAUAGGUCAUUGUGGAUCAUUUUUGAAAAAGAUAUGGUCAUCACUUUGACACAUGAGCUUGUAGUACAAUGCGACAAGACUAUCGAUGGAAGAGGUGCGAAAGUUGAGAUCACUGGAGCCGGUUUCACCCUUUAUGAAGUUCAAAAUGUUAUUGUUCAUGGGAUCCAUAUCCAUGAUAUUAAGAAAACACCUGGUGGUAUGAUUAAGAAUUCAGACGGUCCGCCAGGAUUUAGACACGAGAGCGACGGUGAUGCUUUCUGCAUCACUGCUUCUUCCAAGAUUUGGAUCGAUCAUUGUUCGCUUAGUAAGGGUGUAGACGGGCUCAUUGAUGUCACCCUAGGCAGCACGGCUAUAACCAUUUCUAACUGCAAGUUCACCCAUCACCAUAAGCUUAUAUUGCUUGGGGCAAACGAUGGACAUCAUCACGAUAAACAUAUGUUAGCAACUGUUGCAUUUAACUGGUUUGCUGAAGGAUGUGAUCAAAGGAUGCCCAGAUGUCGAUUUGGGUUUUUCCAAGUCGUUAAUAAUAACUAUGAUGGAUGGGGAACAUACGCCAUAGGUGGUAGCUCAGCUCCGACUAUCCUCAGUCAUGGUAACCGAUUCAAGGCUCCUGAUGACCGAGCUAAGAAAAAUGUGUUGGUAAGGGCUGGAGGAUCAGAGUCAGAAUACAUGAAAUGGAACUGGAGAUCAGAUAAAGAUUGUCUUGAGAAUGGAGCUAUAUUCACACCAUCUGGUUGUGAUCCACAGAUGACCCCCGAACAACAGAAUGGCUUGAUUCAAGCUGAGCCAGGAGAGUUUGCUCCACAACUCACUAGUUGUGCUGGGGCACUCUCAUGCACACCUGGAUCACCUUGCUAAUUGGAUUAACCAACCCAUUUGUUUGCUACUAUAAUUUGGAUCUUUUGUAAAGAAAAAAAAGCUUGUUUUCAC